UAUGAAUGUAUUAAUACAAAAAAAAUAAUUUCGCGAUUUAUAAUCAUAUAUUUAAAAAUAAUUCAAAUUUAAUUCUACCCAAUUUGAUGACAUUGAUUUUUUAAAAACCGAAUUCAAUUUAUUUAAACAUAAUAUACUCGUACGUGACUCUUUUUAUUUUGAUAAACUUUGGAUUCUUUAAGUCCAAUUAUUGCAACUUUUAAUGUCAUGAGUCAAAUGAACUCGAUGACAUCAUCACAAAAAUAGCGAUAAAACGCUUUGGUGAAAACAAAGCGAGACGAAUCGGUUUUUGGCAUAAAAUCAGGCACACUCAUCGUGAUAAUAUCUAUAAAUACUCGUGUGAUUUAUAUUCCACGGACGGUUAAUUAAUCUGUCUUAAAGUGUAUCGCGUGUGUGGUAAUUAUGGCUUUGGUUGUCGAGACAAAUGGAAUUGAUUUCAACAAUCCUUCUACGGAUAAACCAGCGAACCUCGCCAACUCAGCCGUUUUGCGUAUGCUCGAAGAAGAAGAACGCAACCGCAAAGGUUUGCCCAGUCAGAAGAAAGUAGUGUGGCCACCCGUGCCAGAAACUAACGGAUAUCACCAACCACAGAAGCAGAGUCCCGCGUACCACAACAUCGCGCAGCACUCCCCAUCCGCACAACCCCAAUACCAAGCGCCUCCAGCCCAGCCCCAGGCUCCGUACCAACCCCAAUACCAGGCUCCUCAGCCUCAGGCACCCCAAUACCAAGUCCCUCAAUACCAAGCUCCCCAAUCAGAGCCGGCACACAGUGAAGGCCGAAGACAGGAACCCACUGGGUUGAGUAAGCUGAUCCCAGUGGGACCGGGCGCGGCCCCCGCACCUCACGCGCCGUACCGCCAGGGCCCGCCGUCUCCGGGCUUAGUGCCGCAGCCCUUCCGCCCGCAGCCGAACCGUUGGGCCCCAGUACCAGCCCCUCUCUCUCCCCAGGCUCCCGGAUCGCAGCCGACUUACCCGCAGCAGCUGUCGCCGCAGCCCCAAUAUUCGCCCCAGUACUCGCCGCUGUCGGAGCCCGCGUACCAAUCGCAACAGAAGCCGUACGAGCCCCCGCCGGCGACCAUCACUCUUCGCCAACAGCCGCCCAUUCACCAGAGACCAUCUCCGGUGUUCCCUAGUCAGCCCGCUGCAGCAUCGUUCAAAGGAGGCGUCAACAUGCGUGGCGAUCAGAAGUGGCCCCCUCAGUCCGUAAAGGAGGCAGUUGCUGCGGAAAACGAAGCCAGAAUACAGCUGGCUAGAGGCCCUGCUUGCAGACCGCGCAAGGUAAAGAAGGACUAUUCUUCCUUCUUCGCGAAGCACGCUCUGAGCCACAACUACCCUGGCUACCGCGCGCCCCCCGGCACGCAACACUAUGAAGAACUCUCAGGCCGAUCCUCAUACUAAACUAGAACCUUUAGUGUACUAACAUGCCUUGCACCGGGACAUUCACACAAAAAGAACAUAGCACAUAGCGCGUGAAUGAUCUCUAUCACAAACCAUCAAACUGUAUUAUUUUUGUUGAUGUUAAUGAUAUGUAUCGUUAAUGCUAACAAGGGUAAUUAAUUUAUCAUCUCAUGAAAUCCUCUCAUUUGUCUCUAACAGACCCCGGUAUAACCCGGAUGUGCAAGUACUUGUGUAGACUUUAAACGUUAAAGUCUUGGGGCAUGUACGAGAUCGGUAUUCUUCAUAAAUGUAGAAUUAAUUAAUUUAUUUUUAACCAUUAAUUAGCAUGUAAGUAAAUAUUAAAUCAUAAAAAUAACAAAAAAUUUAAUUGUCAUAUAAUAUUUUUACGAACUGUUGUCAUCCUAACGUGAAAUGAAUAUCGAUAAUUUAUUAUAAAUAUAUUUUCAUUUACUAUCGACACAAUAUAUGUGCGGCUUUUACAUGCGAAUAAAGCGACGAGGCUUUUUAAUAAUUAUAAAAUGUAUAUACUGUUUAAGUUUAUCUCAAAGGAAUGUAACUAUUCUGAAUAAUUAUUAGAAAGGGACCUCGAAAUGGUAUUAAACAAUCAAGUGUGGAAA